GCGCUGGGGGGUCGCUACGUGCUGUACUCCGUGUACUUGGACGGGCUCCUCUUCUGCAGGGUGCGCUACAGCCAGCUGCACCGUUGGAACCAGCAGCUCAGGCGGGUCUUUGGAAGCUGCCUGCCGCCCUUCCCACCGAAGUACUAUCUGGCAAUGACCACAUCUAUGGCAGAGGAGAGGAGGGCCCAGUUGGAACAGUAUUUGCAAAACGUAACUGCAGACCCAAAUGCCUUGAGGAGUGAUGUCUUCAUUGAGUUUCUACAGCUGGCACAGCUGAACACGUUUAACAUCUCUGCUGAAAAAGCUUCUCUAGAUAUAUUUCUGCCCAAUGGAAGAAGUGUUAAUAUAGAAAUUCUGACAUCAGAUACUGCUGAAAGAGUCCUAGAGGUGGUGUCACGCAAACUCGGACUGAGUUGGGAGCUCUUGGGCUACUUCGGCCUCUUUCUCAUUCGGUUUUACAAGGAGGGCAGCCUGUCUGUUGUGAAAAAGUUGGCAGAUUUUGAACUCCCUUAUGUUAGCCUUCGAAGUUCUGAAGAGGAAAACUGUAAGGUUGGACUCCGGAAGUGGUACAUGGACCCAGCCCUCGACUCUGUGCUGAUGGGCUGCAGAGCGGCCGUGGAAUUGCUCUACAUGCAGGCAAUGCAGGACAUUGAGAAAGAAUGGAUCAAGCCCACACAGGGACAGAGGCAGGAAUUAGAGGCUCUUCAGAAAGAAAACAAUCAAACCAAGUUCCUGGAGCUGUGCCGGGAGGUGCAGUGCUAUGGAUACAUGCAGCUGGAUCCUUGCCGCUGUGAUUCCCCAGAGCCAGGCUGUGGGGCUGUGCUCUCUGUUGGCAAAGAUGAGAUCUGCUGCUGCGUGACCCUGCCUGACAGCCGGACACAGGAUGUCAUCCUCCAGAUGAGCAGCGUGAAGUGCUGGCAGGUCACUUUCCUUGGGACUCUGCUGGAUAUGGAUGGGCCCCAGCGAACUCUCAACCAGAACUUAGAACUCAGAUUUCAAUACAGUGAAGAUAAUCACUGGCAGUGGUUUAUCAUUUACACCAAACAGGCAUUUUUGCUGAGUAGCUGCUUGAAAAAGAUGAUCUCAGAAAAGAUGGCAAAGCAAGCUGCUGAGAAUACAGAAAUGCAGAUGGAAGUUCCGGGAACAAGAAAAAGUAAAACAUGGCACAUUCAGCAAAGCAAGCAAAAGAAGCAUUCUAGUUUUCUAUCAAGAAAACACAAGAUCAAGAGAGCUGAAGGUGUCUGUGUGUUUGGAACCAUAAAGGAAGAAGAUCUUUGAAGAAAAGUCUCACCUUUGAAAUGUCCCCUAAGACAUCUCAAGAUGGUGAAAGAGCUCGGUGGUGGGGGGUGGGCUUCCUGCUGUCAGGAAAUAAUUGACUUCUUCCUGUGUCUUCUAAUGUUAAGAUAGACUCUAGUCGUCAGGACUACCACAGCAUUCUAUGUACAUUUCAAGAGUAAAAAAUGUAAGAACUAAAGUUAUAGAAUUUGUUUUUACCAGCUCAUCAAUCACAAAUUGCUGAAUCAAUUAAACAAAUACGAACUUCACUCUCUUCCCCCCAAGAAUCCAUUCUUCUCUGGCUUCAUGAAGUCCUCUGAAUGGUCCCGUAUUACGUAAUGAAAGUCUUGCUCCAAAAUGUUACCAGCGUUUUGGGCUCAAGUUCUAAAGACAUGAUUCAUUAGCUAAGGAAAGCUGGGCUCUAUCUAGGAAGUGGAAUCACUGGGGAAGAAACCCAGACUUCUCCGACCUGUCCGCAGAGCUGCGUCAAGGAGGCGUGCAGUGCCGACUUGUUUCCUUACCUAGGUCGGAGGUACCAUAUGGGCAACCUCAGGGUCAUAUGCUGUUUUGAACAUUUCUAUUUGGGAAAGCAACACUGCCUUGUACUUGACAUAAAAUGCCUUUUAGGUCC